GGGGAGGAGGGGGAACACGGCCUCUGCCUGCCUUCUUUCUCUCUGGCUCAGAUUGUGACUGCUGCCGCUCAGGUUGAUUGGGAGGGGACGGCGGAGAGGCCUGGCGCAGGCCCAGGCCCGAGGAAAGCUGCUUAGCCCUGCCUCGGUUGCCAUGGAGACGAGCAGGAGGCGGCGGCGGCGGCAGCAGCGAGGCUGUCAGUAAGCGAGCGAGGGAACUCGGGCGCUUGCAGCCGCGGGGGGCUGCAGGAGGGGAAGGCAGCCUCCUCCUCCUCCUCCUCCGCCACGGCCGCCGCCAUGGACAUGCACUGCGAUUGUGGGGAACCCACCGCGGUCGGGGAGCCGCAGCAGCCCUCCGGCAAGCUCAACCGGACUGCUUUCAAAUUGUUUAAGCGGAGGAAAUCCGGCGGCGCCAUGCCAAGCAUCUUCGGCGUGCGAGGCGGCAAAGGCAAAAGCGGCGAAGGCGGUGGCGGCGGCGGCGGGCAGGCUGGCAUGGUGAGGAGCAAGACGCACGACGGGCUGGCCGAGGCUGUGCUGGAGAGCGGCAAGAAGGAGGAACCGGGCGGCGGCGGCGGCGGAGGGGACCAGCAGCUCGGCGACGGGGCCAAGGAGCCUUCCCCUUCCUCCUCCUCCUCCACCGCGGCGGCUGCUGCGGCGGCGGCGGCGGUGGGCAAGUCGCACAGCUUCUUUGCGCUCCUGCGCAAAAGCGGCGGCAAAGGCGAGCGGCCGAAAGGGCGCGGAGGGCUCAAGGGGCUCUUCAGCAGCAUGCGGUGGCCCCGCAGGGAGAACAAGCCCGGCGGCGGCGCCAAGGAAGACGAGGUCGGCGGCGAGAGCUCCGAGAGCCAGCCCAGCCCCAGCCUCCUCAUGCCAGGCUCCCUGACGGCCAGCCUGGAAUGCAUCAAAGAGGAGGCGCCGCGGCCGCCCGCCGAAGCCCCCCCAAGCUCGCCAGCCUUGGCCGCGGGCGACAAGCUGCUGCCUCCCCAGACCCCCGAGGCCACCACCGCUCAAGAGAAGGAGGACGUGGAGGCCCAGGAGCCCCAGGCCGCCCUGCACAGCCCCCGGGGAGAGGAGCCCCCCAGGAUCCAGGCCAAGGAGAGGCACCCUCAGGCGCCAGAGAGCGAGGGCCAAGAGACCAAGGAGGACUCGGCUAUAACAGGCUGUGGGGACAUUAUUGCUGACCAGGAGGAUGACACGGGCAGCGGCGGCGGCAGUGGUGGAGGUGGAAGUGACAAGAGCGCCACUGGGGUCAGCAGGCCGGGAGCCUCCAAAAAGCCUCCCAGCGUGGUGGCUUACCAAGGCGGAGGAGAGGAGAUGGCCAGCCCUGAGCAGGUGGGGGACACUUGCGCCCCGGAGUUCUGGGAGACAUUGUCCCAAACAGAGGAGAAGUCGCAGGAGACCCCAGGAGGGCCGGAAUCCCUUGAGGCCGCCAAAGAUGGCAGAAGAGUUCAGGAUGGCUCAACAAGUGAGAAGCACACUGGCGUCAACCAGAUUCCAGUUCACCACAAAGAUCAGAAGAGGGAAAAGGAGCAACAAGAGGCUGUCCCCAGCAGUGACGAGGGCUAUUGGGAUUCUACCACACCCGGACCUGAGGAAGACAAUGCUAACAGUAUCCAGAAAGAGGUAAUUCCCAGGGACAGCUACAGUGGGGAUGCUCUGUAUGAUCUGUACACCGAUCCAGAUGAGAACAUAGCUGCGGUGACUUCUGCAGAUGUCACCUCUGUGAGUUGCUGCAAGCCACAGUCUCCAGUAACCAGCACAUGCCCAGUCAAAACCCAUACAACUUCACUCAAGGAUUCCAAGAUACCCAUCAGUAUCAAGCAUUUUACAUCGCCGCAUGGCAGUCACGGUCCAGAUGCCAGUAAUAGCCAUCAUACUGCACAUCACCAGCCCACCAAAAGUGAGAUCCCUAGAACAAAAAUCCCAGUUUCUAAAGUGCUCGUGCACCGGGCCAGUUAUCGGAGCUUAGCAGGGACAACAGGUAAAACAGCCACAUAUCAUGAAAGUGCCAAGAAAUAGGAGGCAAAGGUGGGCAAGUGAGUCUUUGCAGUUUGGCAUCAUUCAAUGAAGACACCUACAUGUGCCCCUUCUAUGAAUCCAAGAGACAUGUGCUUCUAAUUCCAUUUAUAUAUGGAAUUAAAUUCCUUUGGAGCACUUUUUAACAUUUGUAUUUUUUUCUGAAGCACUAAAUACUCGGGUGGCCACUUUUCCAUGCCUUUUGUGGAAGCAGGACUUUGAUUAGGAAUAUAGUUAAUAUUGCAAAACUUGUGCCAUGAAUUCUUCAAAGAAGACACUACUAUGGGGGAGAGAAAACCAAGAGAUUUUUCCAAUAUAUAUAUAUAUAUAGCAUUGGCUUUUUUAUUUUUGUUCUUUUGGCUUACACUGAGAGAUAAUGUGCAUUCUAGUGUGGGGAAAAUGUCAAGCAAAAAUAAUAAUGGCAAAAUUAAUACAAACUCUAGUGUUCAGCCUGAGGUAUAGAGAGCAUUGUCAACCAACAGCAGAUUCAACAUACUUGUAAAAGAUAGCUUUUCAGCAAGAGGUUGAUUUCUGUAAUAAGAAAGGGGGGGAUUGCCUGUCUGUUUGUUUACUUUGUAAAUGGUUAAUGAAGACAUCUAACAAACUCUCAGAUACCUACAUCAAUUUUUUUUCUAGUGCAUAAAAUAAUCAGUUUCAGGGAAUAAUUUUUUUUCCAAAUGCCAGUAAAGAGACAGCUACAAUAUUUAUACAAUAAAUUAUUGUUCAUGUAUAGAUAGAUACAUGUUAUUUAGUGGUAUGUUUUUUUAAGAAAAUAUAUUAAAAUGUCUUUCUGUAUUUACUAGAGUUAAAGCAAAAUUAGUUUUUAUAGUUAGAUAAUUUUACAAUUGUAGAUUUAUGGGCCUUCCUAAAGAACCAUAAAUUAAGGAAAAAAAUUAUAUGGGUUCUUAACAGCUUCUCCCCCCACCCCCAGAUCUAUUGUGUUGCUCUUAUGCUAGCGAUGCAUGUGUAAUACUGGAGCUAAGGUUCCAGUGGGAUUGUUGCAAGCCCCUGUUUUCAGGAGUUUCUAAAAAGAACCUCAUCUCAGACCUUGUAGAGCUGCAAACUCCCCCACUGACCCGUAA